AUGGCCAUGGCCUUCACAGACCUGCUGGACACUGUGGGCGGCAUGGGCCGCUUCCAGCUCAUCCAUAGGGCCCUGCUGUUGCUGCCUUGCGGCCUGGUGGCCUGCCACAACUUCCUGCAGAACUUCACAGCCGCUGUCCCCCUGCACCACUGCCGGGGCCCUGCCAACCAUACUGAGGCCUCCAUCAACGACUCGGGGGCCUGGCUGAGGGCCACUGUACCCCUGGACCAGCUUGGGGCCCCUGAGCCCUGCCGGCGCUUCACCAAGCCUCAGUGGGCCCUGCUGAGCCCCAACUCCUCUGGCCCAGACGCAGCCACAGAGGGCUGCAAGGACGGCUGGGUCUAUAACCACAGUGUUUUCCCAUCCACCAUCGUGAUGGAGUGGGAUCUGGUGUGUGAGGCCCGUACUCUCCAAGACCUGGCGCAAUCUGUCUACAUGGCCGGGGUGCUGGUGGGGGCUGCCGUGUUUGGCAGCCUGGCAGACAGGCUGGGCGGCAAGUCCCCCCUGGUCUGGUCCUACCUGCAGCUGGCAGCUUCGGGGGCCGUCACAGCGCAUUUCAGCUCCUUCAGUGCCUACUGCAUCUUCCGGUUCCUGAUGGGCAUGACCUUCUCUGGCAUCAUCCUCAACUCCCUCUCCCUGGUGGCUUCCAGAGUCAUCCCGCUGGCUCCUCCUGCAUGGCAAGUCCCAGUUAGCUGUACAGAAUCUGCAGAAGGUGGCUGCAAUGAAUGGGAGGAAGGAGGAAGGGGAAAGGCUGACCAAGGAGGUGGUGAGCUGCUACAUCCAGAGUGAGUUUGCAAGUGUCCGCACCUCCAACUCGAUCUUGGACCUCUUCCAAACCCUGGCUAUCUGCAAAGUCACGUGCUGUCUCAUGGUGAUCUGCGUGGCAGGCAGCGCAGUUCUGGCUCUGGGGAGCGAGGGGGCUCCUGCGAACCCGAGUCCAGGAAGGGGUGUCUUCCUGCGGGCCCCGCCGGCCUGGGCUGGCCUUUCCUCCACCUUCCUCUUUCCGCGAAGGAGAAACAGAUCCUGAGUUCAAAACUCCAGAGCUGAAAGUCCUGUCUUAGAUCCUUCUGGAAAGAGUAAGCAAAAGCCCGUUUUUGUUGAGAAAGUGACUCGGCAGCCAUCCGGAGCUCUCUGCCUGCAGGUGGGGCCAUUAUCCCAUGGAGCCGACCCGCUCAAAGCUGCCCCAGGCACCGCAGGUUUGGUUCGUGCACGCUAGGACUUACCAACCGCACCCGGAAAAUCGGGACCAUUUCCAAAUGUUUCGCUUCGCUGCCGGCUGGGAGCCACGCCAGGCUCGCGCCUGGGAUCAAUUGCACAGUCCGGCUUUGGGGAGAGGGAGGCGGCGAGCGUGCCCCCCUACCCCUUCCUCGCCAGUGUGUCUGGGUUGAGGUGGGGAUGGGGAGUCCUGGGGUUCGAAAAAGGAUGAGGGAGGAGAAAGAGGAAUUGUUAGGAACUGGUGAACUUUCACAAACUUCCACAAACCCUAUUGCAAAUGCCUUCAAUUAACUGGGAUUUUUUUCUUUACUGGUUGAUUGAUUCGAUUGAGACAAAGUCUUGCUCUGGC